AUGGUCCGGAAACUGCGCUUUCACGAGCAGAAGCUCCUGAGAAAGGUCAACUUUAUUCAAUGGGAGCCGAACAAUCUGAACGAGCUGCGAAUGAUGAAGAAGUACGGUGUCGACCGCAAUGAAUACGCCAAGUACCACAAAAUGUGCUCGGAAACGCGUAAGGUAGCCGAGAAGCUGUCCACUCUGGAAACGGACGACUCAUUUCGAAAUGAGUGCACGGCUCAGCUGCUGGAGAAGCUCUACUCGAUGGGCAUCAUCAACACGAAACGGCUGAAGCACUGCAAAGAGGUUUCAGUCAGUAGCUUCUGCAGACGGCGGCUGCCCGUCUUCAUGAAGAAGUCCGGCAUGUUCAAUGGACCACUGGAAGUGGCUGUGAAAUACGUCAAACACGGCCACGUCCGCGUCGGUCCUCAUGUGGUCUACGAUCCGGCCUUCCUCGUCACCCGCGACCAGGAGGACUUUAUCGCCUGGACGGACAAGUUCCGAGAGAACAUUGACACGUACAAUGAGAAGCGUGACGACUACAAGGACUAG